UACCACACGAAAAAGCAACUAGUUCGUAACCAUCCAUUCGCCAUUCAUGUUCAAUCGCGGUUGGGUUGCAAGAUGGAAAUUAACUUGCUUUAUCUAGGGGCGGUGAUUACAAUCCUCGUCCUGAUAUAUCGUCGUCUAACCAGACAUAAUGACUACUUCCACGAUAAGCCGAUUCCCUCGGCAGCCGCCACACCAUUGCUUGGCAGUACCGGGGCUUUGAUGCUGAAGAAAAUCUCCUUCAAUGGUUUCAUCAAACAGAUUUACGACAAAUAUGCAGGAUCUAAGAUUUUUGGUUUGAUGGACGCAACGACGCGAAUCUUUGUCAUUCGUGAUCCAGAACUAAUCAAGCGGAUUGGGGUAAAAGAUUUUGAUUUCUUUGUCGAUCGUCGGCCGGCUUUCGGCGAUACUACAAGUGAAAACCCGAAUGUAUUGUUUAGUAAAACGUUGGUCGGUAUGAGGGAACAAAAAUGGCGGGAUAUGAGAGCUAUUCUGAGUCCCGCUUUCACGGGGAGCAAAAUGCGAACGAUGUUCGAGCUGGUUGCGGAGUACAGCGAACGAAUGAUAAAGGUUUUGAAGGACGACGCUAGUGAAAGUGGUUAUGUGGAGUGGGAAAUGAAAGAUUUAUGUUCCAGAGCGGCGAACGAUAUCAUUGCAACGUGCGCGUUUGGAUUGCAAGUGGAUUCACUGAAGAAUCGCGAGAAUGAAUUCUAUGUUAUGGGGAAAAAAAUGAUGAAUUUUAAUCGAAUUGCGGUUUUACUACGUUUUUGGGGAUUUAUGUUGUUUCCUGGUAUUAUGGCGAAGUUUGGAGUUGACAUUAUCGAUAGGGAACAUAUUCAAUAUUUCUCGGAGAUUAUUAAGGAAGCCGUACGGACACGAGAUGCUCAUGGAAUAAUUCGACCGGAUAUGAUCCAACUGCUGAUGCAAGCGAAAAAAGGUUUACUGAAGCAUCAACAAGAAGCUAGUGAUACCAGCGAGGGAUUUGCAACGGUGACAGAAUCCGAGGUUGGAAUGGUUGCAUCCAGUAAAAAAAUGACUGAGUCGGAGUUUAUUGCACAAUGUUUGAUUUUCUUUCUGGCUGGAUUCGAUACAAUUUCCACUGCAAUGGUGUUUUUGUGCUAUGAGGUAGCAUUGAAUCCGGACGUACAGCAGAAAUUGUUCGAGGAAAUUUCCGCAACCGAAAAAGCGCUUGAAGGGAAGAGAUUGACGUACGAUACGCUCCAGUCGAUGACCUACAUGGACAUGGUUGUGUCAGAAUCGCUGCGAAUGUGGCCAGUGGCUGCGGUCGAUCGCCUUUGCGCUAAGGAUUAUCAUCUAAAUGACGGCGAAGGACUAAAAUUCACGAUCGAUAAAGGAACGUGCAUUUGGUUUCCGGUUUACGGUAUCCAUCAGGAUCCUAAGUACUAUCCAAACCCGCAGAAAUUCGAUCCGGAACGGUUCAGUGAAGCGAACAGAUCGAACAUAAACCUUUCCGCGUACUUACCGUUUGGACUAGGGCCGAGGAAUUGCAUCGGUUCCCGGUUUGCACUGAUGGAAAUGAAGGCGAUCAUUUACCAGUUGCUGUUGCACUUCAGUUUCGAGCGGACGGAACAAACGCAGGUACCGAUCCAAUUUCAGAAAGGAUUCGGACCACUGAGCGCUGAGAAGGGAGUGCAUUUGCGAUUAAAAUUAAGAAAUAAAAUAAAUUAUCUGUUACAGCACUAGAGGGAUCCCAAAAAAAUUAUAGAAAGAAAAACAAAAAUUGCUUUGUUUUUAUUUGAUUGGUACAAUAGUACAGCUUGUGGCUAUAGGGAAAUGGCAGA